CAAGGCCAUCCAUUCCACCACCCUUGUAGUAGUGCGCGCUGUUCGCUUGCACUAGCUAGCCAGCAGCGUGCGCACCACCUCUCGCCGCGGCAGCGACGACGACGGGAGGCUUGUUGAGAGCUAGCUAGCUAGCUCAGCGAGUUCGAGAGCCUGUGUGCUAGAGAGACAGACAGAGAGAGAGAAAACAUACUCCUCCUCUGCACACAGGGGAGCUAGAAGCUAGCGUUAAUUAUAGCACAGCUAGCCGCAACCGUCGCAGGAUAUAUAUAUAGACGACAGCACCGAUCGAGAGUAGUACGUGAGGCCGGCAUGACGAUGAGGCAGUCGAGGUUCAAGAGGAUCUGCGUGUUCUGCGGCAGCAGCCAGGGGAAGAAGCGGAGCUACCAUGACGCCGCCAUUGAGCUCGGCAACGAGCUGGUGGCCCGGAGCGUCGACCUGGUGUACGGCGGCGGCAGCAUCGGGCUCAUGGGCCUCGUCUCCCAGGCCGUCUACGACGGCGGCCGGCACGUCAUCGGGGUCAUUCCCAAGACGCUCAUGACACCAGAGAUAAGCGGCGAGACGGUCGGGGAGGUGCGGGCGGUGGCCGACAUGCACCAGAGGAAGGCGGAGAUGGCGCGGCAGUCCGACGCAUUCAUCGCCCUGCCUGGAGGGUAUGGGACGCUGGAGGAGCUGCUGGAGGUCAUCACGUGGGCGCAGCUAGGCAUCCACCACAAGCCGGUCGGGCUGCUGAACGUGGACGGCUACUACAACUCGCUGCUGACCUUCAUCGACAAGGCCGUGGAGGAGGGCUUCAUCAACCCCAGCGCCCGCCGCAUCAUCGUCCUCGCGCCCACCGCGCAGGAGCUCAUGGACAAGCUCGAGGAGUACGAGCCUUACCACGACAUGGUGGCGUCCACGCUCAACUGGGAGAUGGGCAACCUGCAGGGGUACUGACGAUCGACACCACCACUGCGCAUGCAAGAGCCCGCCAGAGAGCUAGCUAGGCAGUGCAGCUAGCGCGCGGCGCCUGAAUCUGAUGAAGCACAGCCGGGGAACGGGGCAUUCGAUCGGUGGAUUAUUAAGCAACGAGCGAGCUUAACUAGAUAGCCGUCGUCAGCUACAUUGGGAUUUUCCUUUUCUUUUUAUUAACUCGACGCAGGUCUCGGUUUGGAGUGCCGGGCGAAGGAAAAAAAAAAGGGUUUGGUUGGCGUACGUAGCAGGAGUAUGUCGUAGCUGCUAGCUAGCUUGUUCUGUAUAUGAUGCCUCGUGUUAAUUAGUUUGCUUCCACCGGGGAUGACGACGAUGAUGGCUUGCAGUGUUGCUUGUAGCGCAGUAAGAAAAAAAAAACUUGGCCGGUUUCCCCGGCCUCCCUCCCUGCUGUGUACGUUCUGGUUAGUAGUGUUAGCAGCCGGUACCUGCCUAUGUAUGCUACCUUCAAGAUGCUCAAUUCGAUUGGAUAUAUAUAUGCAGCAGAUCAACCC